AUGUAUCUUUCUUCGCAGGUGUCGAACGGUGCAUGUAGCAGUCUAGCCAAGGGUGGAGGCUCAGAAAAUGACGACUUCAACUUCCAACAACAUGAGCAGCACGUAGUUGAUGAUUCCUUUUUGUGUUUCAAUUUUCCAGAAGCUUCUGCUUCGCAAAAUCUGCAGUGUCAGUGUUCUGGAGACAACUCUUCAACCCCGCUAUUCAGAAGCUUUGUUGAUUCUCUCUUGUCCAGCCACGAAGACACCUUUUGUCAAACAUAUAGUGAACAUACUUCCCUUGACCUGUCACUUUAUGAGAAUUUGGGACAUGUUCAUAACAGGCUCAUGGGUGAUGAUUCUGCCCCUGUUACUCAGCGUGGAAACUGUACUUCUGGCAAAGUUCCAACACGACAAAAAAGAAUAAAAUGGACCAAAGAUUUGCAUGAGCAAUUUGUUGCAGCUGUCAAUAUCCUUGGUGGUCCUCAAGAAGCAAAGCCUAAGGCAGUGCUACAGCUGAUGAAUUCAACGUCACUGACCAUUUUUCAUGUUAAGAGUCACUUGCAGGUUACACUCUUUAACAUAAUCACAAGCUAUAAGCAAAUUGAUGAAUCAAGGCAACUGCAACUUGAGGUUCGGAGGAGUAUUGAAGAACAAUUAGAAAUUCAACGAAAUUUGCUGAUGCAAGUUGAACAACAAAAGAAACAGCUCCAGAAUGUUUGA